GUGCCAACGGCCAUUAAAAAAAGAAGAAGAAGAAUUUAACCCAAGAAGAAGAAAAGAAAAGCCGAACGAUCAUGCAUGAUAGCCAAUAGUGUCCCAUAAUGAGUGCUCAACUGAAAGAUGUCAUCAUCAAGCCCGACGCUCCCAGCUCCCUGCUGCUGGACAAGCAUGCAGACUACAUCGCUGCCUACGGCUCCAAGAAGGAUGAUUAUGAGUACACGCUGUCUGAGUACCUGAGGAUGAGCGGCAUCUACUGGGGGCUGACGGUGAUGGACCUGAUGGACCAGCUGCAGCGGAUGAACCGGCAGGAGAUCAUAGACUUCAUCAAGGCCUGUCAGCACGAGUGCGGCGGCAUCAGCGCCAGCAUCGGACACGACCCUCACCUGCUCUACACCCUCAGUGCCGUCCAGAUCUUGUGUCUGUAUGACAGCGUGGACGCCAUCGAUGUGGACAAAGUGGUGGACUACGUCAAAGGACUCCAGCAGGAGGACGGCUCGUUUGCAGGGGACAAAUGGGGAGAAAUUGAUACACGGUUUUCUUUCUGUGCCGUUGCUACGCUGGCAUUGCUGGGAAAGAUGGACACGAUAAACGUCGGCAAAGCUGUGGAGUUCGUCUUGUCUUGUAUGAAUUUCGACGGAGGUUUUGGCUGCAGACCCGGUUCAGAGUCUCACGCUGGUCAGAUUUACUGCUGCACGGGUUUCCUGUCGCUCACCGGCCAGCUCCACCAGCUCAACGCAGACCUGCUGGGAUGGUGGCUCUGUGAGAGACAGCUGCCGUCCGGAGGCCUCAACGGGAGACCGGAGAAGCUUCCAGAUGUUUGCUACUCCUGGUGGGUCCUGGCGUCUCUGAAAAUCAUCGGCAGGAUCCACUGGAUCGACAAAGACAAGCUGCGGCGCUUCAUCCUGGCCUGUCAGGACGAGGAGACGGGAGGAUUUGCUGACAGACCAGGAGACAUGGUGGAUCCUUUCCACACUCUGUUCGGCGUGGCGGGCCUCUCUCUGCUGGGCGAUGAGCAGAUCAAAGCGGUGAAUCCCGUGCUGUGUAUGCCAGAAGACGUCCUGCAGAGGGUCGGCCUGCGGCCCGACCUCCUCAGCUAGCACCCCCCCCCCCCCUUUCCGACUGGUCAAGCAUCGUCAUGAUGAACUGGAACGCUGCCGCUCCCCAUGAAGCCCCUCAGCCUGAGCUAGAA